CAGCUGAUGGUCACCCAAGGACCUUGUUUACGCCCAGCCAGUGUGAGACAGGUGAAUAUUUGAGAAGAGUCCAGAGAAGAAAGUGGCAACAUGUCUGCUGAUGUAGCAGAGGAACUGGUCUUCCACUGCACAGAUGACCGGUUCUUCUUAGAACCAGUUAACUCCAAGCAGCUCUUGGUAAUAGAUCGGGUCAACCAUGAAAUCACACUAGAAGAAAAUAGUGGUCAGAUCCCCUUCAGUGCUUCAAGGAAGACUGUGUAUGGGCUGGUUGGAGUUAUCCAUCUUAUAGCCGGACCAUAUCUGAUUUUGAUAACUAAAAGAGUGAAAGUUGGAACCCUAAACAAGCAGACAAUAUGGCGUCUAGCUGAUACUCAGGUUGUACCCUAUGCCAGGUCAACCACCUCCCUAACUGCUGAACAGAAAGUUUACAAUGACAAAUAUCUAGGGCUGGUUCAGCAAAUUUUAUCAACCCCAUACUUUUACUUUUCUUACACAUAUGAUUUAACACAUACCUUACAGAGACUAUACUAUACUGCAGAAGAUUUCCUCCAGAUGGCAUUGCAUGAGCGUGCUGAUGUAAGAUUUGUUUGGAACCAGCACUUGCUAAGAGAUCUAUGUGUUCAACCAGAAAUGAGUGCUUUUUGCCUGCCUUUGCUUCAUGGUUUUAUAUCCAUCAAACCAUGUAGCAUCAAUGGAGAAUGGUUUACCUGGACAUUGAUUUCUCGUCGUAGUGUCUACCGUGCAGGAACUCGUAUGUGGAUGAGAGGCAUUGAUCAAGAAGGCACAGUUGCCAAUUAUGUCGAAACUGAGCAGAUAAUUGAGUUCAGGGACUUUCGUUCAUCAUUUGUUCAAACAAGAGGAUCCAUCCCACUGCAUUGGUCACAAGAACCAAACCUUAAAUACAAACCUGGACCUUUGAUUGGCAAUGCCAACCAUGAGGAGGCAUUUACACGUCACUUUGAGUCCCAGGUGCUCUGUUAUGGCAAACAAGUUGCAGUAAAUCUAAUUGACCAAAAAGGUGUUGAAGGUAAGUUGCAUGAAGCAUUUAAACAUUUGAUUGAGACCAGUGUUAGACAGAUGAUAAGAGAUAAUGUAAGAUACGAGUAUUUUGAUUUUCAUCACGAGUGUCGGAAAAUGCGAUGGGACCGGCUAAGCAUCUUGAUGGACCGUGUGGGGCCCGAUCGCGAAUCAUUGGGUUAUUUCUUGUUCCGAGAUGGUGUAGUUCUUUUAGAGCAAGAGGGCAUUUUCCGUACCAAUUGCAUAGAUUGCUUAGAUCGUACUAAUGUAGUACAGUCCAUGCUGGCGAGGAAGCAACUGCAAUCUGUUCUUACACGAAUGGGAAUCCUCAGUGAAAAUCAGAAAAUAGAGGAUCAGUUCUCCUUUGAAAUUACUUUCAAAAAUGUUUGGGCUGACAAUGCUGAUAUCCUGAGCACACAGUACUCUGGGACUGGAGCCCUAAAGACAGAUUUCACUCGCACUGGAAAGCGAACUCGUAUGGGCCUUCUAAAAGAUGGAUGGAAUAGUGCCAUUAGAUACAUUAAGAACAACUUUUUUGAUGGUGAUAGACAAGAUGCUAUAGAUCUUUUCCUUGGUAAAUACCAAGUAGAAUCGGGUGAGGGUGCAUCACGUCCCUGUCCACUAAAGGAAAACCGAGAUCCCAGAUUACUGUUCCUACCAGGAGCUGUUUUUAUAUCUCUGCUCAUGGUCUUUGCCUGUGUAUUGCUUCCCUCAGACUAUACAUCAUUUACACUAUUAUCACUACUCUUCUGGGCAGCCAUGACUGUUGUUGCUGUGUUCGCCACACUCAUGCAAGGUCGACAACUUGUUAAUGCUCCCCGUUUAAGUAUGUCAGCACUUAACCAUCUCACAGUUCCUCCGAGAGUUGAUUAAAGCCUUCUUGGUUGAUUUGGGUUUGGAGCUAGUCUUAAUUCUAAUUGAUUCUUAUUUAUAUAUAUAUAUAUAUAUAUAUAUAUAUAUAUAUAUAUAUAUAUAUAUAUAUAUAUAUAUAUAUA